AUGGGUAAGAAACUGGAUGCUCUGUUAGGUAGAAACUUUAAGGCUUCAAAGUUUACGGCAACCGUUAAUCUUGCCUUAUCUCGCCUCGCUAUCCUCAAAAACAAGCGCCAUGCACAUCUCAAACUAGCCCGUUCUGACGUUCAUCAACUUCUCCAACUUGGUCACCAUGAUCGCGCUCUCCUCCGAGCUGAGCAUGUGAUCAAGGAGCAGAAUAUGCUGGAUGUAUAUGACAAGAUUGAAGGAUACUGCAACCUCUUGUUUGAGAGGGUCCACCUCAUUGCACAAGAGAGAGAAUGUCCGGAGGAACUAAAAGAGGCUGCAUCAGGAUUACUCUACAUGGCUUCAAGGUGUGGAGAUUUACCAGAGAUUCUAGAGAUUCGUGCAAUGUUGACAUCAAGAUUUGGGAAGGAGUUUGCUGCUCGUGCUAUUGAGUUAAGAAAUAACUGUGGUGUUGAUCCUCAGUUGAUACAAAAGCUUUCCACAAGGAUGCCAAGCUUGGAAAGCAGAACGAAGGUACUCAAAGAUAUUGCUUCUGAGAACAACAUUAUUCUACUGAUUGAAGAAGUUUCUUCUGUUACAAUUGAGGUAUAG